AUGUCAAAUGAAACUGGUAGUAGUGGGGAGAGAGUCCUAGUUGAUGAAGCUAUGUAUAGGGACGCCGUGGCUGCACAAUUAGAGAGGUUGACCUUGGGCAUGAAUGCGUUGAGGGAUGUUGAGGGAGAGUUUGAGGGAGAGUUUGAGGAAGCAAUAGAAGAAGAAUUUGAGGUUGGAAACUAUAACUAUGGUGGUAGGGGUUAUAGACCACCUAGGGCCAGGGGAGCUAGAGGUAGAAGAGGAGGUAGAUUGCCUAGAUUUGGGGAGUAUAGAUAUGGUGAUUAUGGAUAUGGGGGCCGAGAAGAGAGGGUAGACACUAAUGUGGGCAGUAUUAAGAUGAAAAUUCCUCCCUUUCAUGGGAAGGAGAAUCCGGAUGCUUACAUGGAAUGGGAAAGGCAAGUUGAGCUAAUUUUUGAGUGUCAUAACUAUAGUGAAGAAAAGAAGGUGAAGCUUGCAGCUGUAGAGUUUAAGGAGUAUGCUAUAGUGUGGUGGGACCAGUUGAUGGUUAGGAGAAGGACUUUAGGUCUUAGACCCAUUGCUUCUUGGGAGGCUAUGAAAGAAGCAAUGAGGGAGAGAUUUGUUCCCCAACACUACUUUAGGGAACUCCACCAAAGGUUGCAAAGGAUGAUACAAGGAGGGAAGAGUGUAGAGGAGUACUAUAAGGCAAUGGAGAUAGCCUUAGCAAGGGCACAAUUAGAUGAACCUCCAGAGGCUACUAUGGCACGUUUCCUAGCUGGUCUUAACAUAGAGAUUGCACAUGUUGUUGAGUUGCACUCUUACACUAAUUUGACUGAGUUGGUGCACAUAGCCAUUAAAGUAGAAAAACAAUUGAAGAUGAAGAGAGCUUUGAAGUAUGGUAGUGGUGUCCAUUCAGCUCCAAAGGCCCCUUGGAAACCAAAUGUAGAUAAGACUUCUAAGGGUGAGAAAGAAAUUCCUAAGUUUAGGAAAGAAGAGUGGAAGGGGAAAGAAAAGGUAGAAAGUAAAGAUAAAGAGAAGGGGGGUAUUGCCACUACUAGGACUAGAGAUGUGAAGUGUUUCAAGUGUUUGGGAUAUGGGCAUUAUGCUUCCCAAUGUUCUAACAAGAGAGUCAUGGUGAUUCGGGAAGAUGGGGAGGUAGAGAGUGAGGAAGAGAAUGAAUCCGAACGAUUGAUGUUAGUUGAGGGGAAUGAAAAUGAAGAGGAUGUGCACGUUGAAGAGCCAUCCGAUGGGUAUGACUUUGCAUUGGUUACCAUGAGGACCUUGAGUGCUCAACCUAUUGUGGAUAGUGAUGAGUUGCAAAGGGAAAACAUCUUUCAUACUAGGUGUGUGGUGAAGGAGAAAUUGUGUAGCAUGAUUAUAGAUGGGGGUAGUUGUUGCAAUGUGGCUAGUUCCUUACUUGUGGAGAAAUUAGGAUUGCCUACCCUUAAGCAUCCUAAACCUUAUGGGUUACAAUGGCUAAAUGAUUGCAGCAAAGUGAAGGUAACUAAGCAAGUAGUGGUACCUUUCACUAUAGGGAGCUACCAUGAUGAGGUCUUAUGUGAUGUAGUGCCCAUGAUAGCUACACAUAUCUUGCUAGGUAGGCCAUGGCAGUAUGAUAGGUAUGUGAUUCAUGAUGGCAGGAAGAAUCACUACAAUUUGAAGAAAGAUGGCCGCACACAUGCCUUGGUGCCCUUGUCACCAACACAAGCACAUGAGGACCAAAUGAGAAUAUUGAGGGCUGUUCAGGGGAGAAAAGAGAGUUGCAGUGAAAAGUUAAGAGAGGCCGAGCACAAGAGUGAAGAAAGUAAAGGAAAUAGUGAUGGGAAAGAGAAAAAGAAAGAAGUGAAAGAAAAGAAAGUGAGUGUAAUGGAAAAGGGAGAGGGCUCGGGACAAAAGGAGAGAAGAGAGAAAAAGAUGAGCUUGUAUGUUGGGGGAAGGGAGUUGAGGGGAGCUUUGAGGGGUGGGAUGCCAUUGUGUAUUCUCAUGUAUAGGGAGAAUUAUUUAAAUGUUUCUGACCUUGACCCCAAUCUUCCUUCUUCUGUUGUGUCUAUUUUGCAGGAAUACCAGGAUGUGUUUCCGGAUGAGAUACCUUCGGAUUUACCACCUAUUAGGGGUAUUGAACACCAAAUAGAUUUCAUUCCUGGUGCUCAAAUUCCUAAUAGACCAGCCUAUAGGAGUAGUCCAGCUGAGACUAAGGAGCUUCAAAGACAAGUAGAUGAGCUUUUGGCUAAGGGACAUGUCCGUGAGAGCAUGAGUCCUUGUGCGGUUCCUGUUUUGCUUGUGCCAAAGAAGGAUGGAACAUAUAGGAUGUGCGUGGAUUGUAGAGCUGUGAAUAAAAUCACUGUAAAGUAUCGCCACCCUAUUCCUAGAUUGGAUGAUUUGUUGGAUGAAUUGCAUUGUUCUUGUUUUUUUAGUAAGAUUGAUUUGAAGAGCGGUUACCAUCAAAUUAGAAUGAGAGUUGGUGAUGAAUGGAAAACUGCCUUCAAAACAAAACAUGGCUUAUAUGAGUGGCUAGUGAUGCCUUUUGGUCUCUCUAAUGCCCCUAGUACUUUCAUGAGGCUUAUGAAUCAUGUUUUGAGAUCUUUUAUUGGACAGUUUGUUGUUGUCUACUUUGAUGAUAUUCUUGUCUAUAGCAAAAACAUUGAUGAUCAUUUGCAUCAUUUGAAACUUGUGUUUGAUGUGUUGAGAAAAGAAAAAUUAUAUGCAAAUGUGAAAAAGUGUUCUUUUUGCUUAGAAAGAAUUGUGUUUUUGGGAUUUGUUGUGAGUAGCAAAGGUGUUGAAGUAGAUGAUGAAAAGGUUAAGGCAAUUAGAGAAUGGCCAACACCUAAAAAUGCAUCUAAAGUUAGGAGCUUUCAUGGAUUAGCAAGUUUUUAUAGGAGAUUUGUACCCAACUUUAGUUCAUUGGCUGCUCCAUUAAAUGAACUUGUCAAAAAGAAUGUGACAUUUGUUUGGGGUAAAGAACAUGAACAUGCAUUUGCCAUGCUUAAAGAGAAAUUGUGUUCUGCACCUUUAUUAAUUUUGCCUAAUUUUGACAAGACAUUUGAGAUUGAAUGUGAUGCAUCAGGUAUAGGGAUUGGAGCUGUUCUCAUGCAAGAGAAACGUCCAAUUGCUUACUUUAGUGAAAAGUUGCAUGGUGCCACAUUGAAUUAUUCUACAUAUGACAAAGAAUUUGUCAUACAUUCGGAUCAUGAGUCUUUGAAGGCAAAGAGAAUGUGGUAG